AUGAGGUUUUUCUCACUCCCCCUCGCCGCGAAGACGAAAGCAGCACACCCUUGUGGACCAAAGCCACAUCGCGGAUACAGCUACAUCGGGCAGGAGAAGUUGUCCAAGGUUAAGGACUACGAAAAAGGCAAUCGAGAUGCUGUCGAGGUUUAUGACGUAAAGGUAUCCAUUCUAGCGCCUACUUCGUCCUCCUUCUCCUUACGAGCAACUAUUGGACUGACGUGGUUUCUGCAGGAAUCGUUUGACCAAGGCCCCGUACGCGAUGAACUGUAUCCGAAUAGAUGGCCAGACGAAGAUGAUAUUCCAAAUUUCCGAGCGUUCAUGGAACGUUUAUACGAACGCUGCCACCAAAUUCAUCAACAGAUUCUUCAGGCCCUGGCACUUGGCCUUGGCCUUGGCCUUGCAUUCUUUCGGGACAUGUGCGACCACAACACGUCAGAACUACGCUUGAACCACUACCCCGGGUGCGAGGCUGCCAUUCUGCACAAAGGUGCAAAGAGAAUAUCUGAGCAUACAGACUUUGGUACAGUUACACUGCUCUUCCAGGACUCCGUUGGCGGCCUAGAGAUAGAAGAUCAAGAUGUUCCGGGAGACUAUUUCCCUAUACCCUUUGAGAAUAAGGCAGAGAUGAUUGUCAACAUUGGUGAUUGCCUUCAGCGUUGGUCCAACGACAAGUUUCGCGCGACGAGCCACCGUGUAGUCCUCCCUCCAGGGUCGAGUGAUGCCUGGGUUCGGGACAGAUACUCAGUGGCGUAUUUUGGGAAGCCUAAUCGGUCACAGGUUGUAGGCACUCUGCCUGAGCUUCUUCCAGAUGGCGCAAAAUCCAAAUACAGCAACAUCACCACUUGGGAGUAUAUUGACGAGAAACUAAGUUUAACGUAUUAG